AUGGAGCCGGGCUCAGAAAGAAUCGUCGUGGUCAAUUGCCAGGCGGGCCAGAGCGUCGCGGUGGCGGGGGCCACAGGUCUGAUCGGGUCUGGGCUGGUGCCGCGCCUGCAGGAGGAGGGGUACGAGGUCCGGGUGCUCACUCGGGACGCCCCCACCGCCCGGGACAAGCUGUCGCGCAUCAGGGGCCUGCGGUUUGCUGAACCCCCGGAAUGGAGCGCGGCCGUCGCCGGCACUGCCGGUGUGAUCAACCUGGCUGGCGAGCCCAUUGCCACUCGUUGGUCCCCGACCGUCAAGGCAGAGGUGAAGCGCUCGCGCCUGCAGACCACCAACCGCCUCGUGGCCAUCAUGAACGGGCUGCCGGAGGCCCAGCGCCCGCCCGCCUUCAUCUCGGCCUCUGCCGUGGGUUACUACGGCACCAGCGAGCGUGCCACUUUCAACGAGCAGUCCGGGGGCGGCACAGACUUCCUGGCGGAAGUGUGCAAGGAAUGGGAGUCGGCGGCGCAGCGGGCCAAUACCCGCGUGGUCAUCCUGCGCAACGGCAUCGUGCUGAGCAAGGAGGGCGGCGCCCUGGGGCGCAUGAUCCCCAUGUUCUCUCUCUUUGCCGGGGGACCCCUGGGCAGCGGGCAGCAGUGGGACGACGUGGUUGGCAUCCUGAUGGCUGCUCUCAAGGACGAGCAGUGGUCCGGGGUCUACAACGCCACCGCCCCCUCCCCCGUGCGCAUGGGCCAGCUGCCGGCGUUGCUCCCCGUCCCUGACUUUGCCAUCCGGCUGCUGUUGGGUGAGGGUGCCACGGUGGUGCUGGACGGCCAGAGGGUCCUCCCUCUCCGGGCUCAGGAGGCAGGGUACGACUUCAAGUUCAGCCAGGUGGGCGACGCGUUGCGCCAGAUCAUGUCAUGA